CAGCCGAGCGCGACGCCGGCCGGCCCAAGCGGGUGCACUUCCGGUCCCGCCCUCCCCGUGACAGCUUCCGGCCCCGCCCCGGCCGCGCAGGAUGCCGUUGCCAUGGCAGCGAUCGAAGCUCGGGGCCGGCUUGCUGGGCAUCCCUGACCUGCCUGCGCGGCGGGGCGGACCCGGGGCAGAGGCUGCGAGCCGGACACGGCCUGCACUGGACCUUGAGCCCCUGACCCCAGAGCCCACUGGCUAGCCUGAGAGCCAGACCUGCUUCAUAACCAGCUGUGUGAACGAGGCCUUGCCGGGACUGGACAGAGGGACGCGGUGUGAGUGGACUCACAGCCGCAGGUGGGUGCCUGGGGGCGGGGCCAGGCUCGGGCCUCAGCAUCUCCCGGCCCCCGCCCCCGCCGCCAUGGCGCACCUGCUGGGCAGCCCGGCCUGCAUGGACAGCCUGCGCACAGACCUGACCGACCUGCAGGGCGCCAUCGUGGACGUGUGCUCUCGGACGGGGCCUGUACGUGUCCCAUCCUGGAAGUUCCCUGACCGCGUGGCCUGCGACCUGGACAUGGCGGCCCUGCUGGAGCACUACGACCACGUGCCCGGGGACCCUGAGUUCACGCAGCUGUCCCACACGGUGCUGCUGGAGCUCGUCAUCGACAGGCUGCUGCUGCUGCUGCAAAGCUGUGCCAGCUACCUGGAGACCUUGGGUUCAGAGCGAAUGGUGCCCCCCGGGCGGGUCACGGGGCCCUGCGUGUCGGUGGGGCUCACGGCUCGGCGCUUCUGGGACAGUCUGCUGAGGCUGGGCGCACUGCACCAGCCCAGGGCCCUCCAGGACAGAGCAAGCCAAGGGCACAGCCCCCCCUCCAAGCCCACAGCCGAGAGUGGUCCAGCGCAGAGCCCGGAGCAGGUGCCCCCCAAGCUCAGCAAGCCUCUGUCUCCCGUGCCAGGCCCCUGCCACAGCCUCCCAGCGCUUACAGUGUGUCUCAGUCCCGGCCGGCAGGCAGAGUACAGCCGCAGCGUGUCUGCCCAGACGGUGGAGACGGCGCUGGUGCCCUGCGAGGCCUGUGCCCGUGUCCAGGGCAGCCUGCACCAGGUGGGCAAGGCACUGGUGGGCCUGUGUCAGAGCCAGGGGCUGCCCUCCAGUCUGGGCCACUUCCAGCAGCUGGUGCAGGACAGUGUGGGGCUCCGGCCGCUGCCCGCCACCACACUGGCCCACUGGGCCACCGAGCAGAGCAGGGACCUGGCGUGCCUCUCGGAGCACGUGGGAGCCCUCAGGGCCCAGCUGGCGGAGGCCACGAGGCACAAGAGCAGCCUGCAGACGCGGCUGGGCGAGCUGGAACAGGCGCUGGAGGAGGAGCAGGAUGCACGGCGGCGGCAGGCCGAUGGGGCGGAGCGGCACCGGGCCGCGUGGGAGCGAGACCGGCAGCAGCUGCAGGCAGAGACCGGCGACCUGAGGGUGAAGGCGGAUGCCCUGGAGGAGCAGCUGAGGCAGCAGCAGGAGGCCGUGGCAGCUGCGGAGACCAGGGCGCAGCAGCUGCAGGUGGAGGCUGACUGUGGGGCCGAGGCUCAGAGGGAGGUGCGGCGGCUGGAGGAGGAGGUGCGGCAGCUGGCCGGGCGUCUGGACGGGGCAGGCCAGCAGGUGCGCUGGGCCAGUGCAGAAUUGGAGAAGGAGAAGGCACGCGUGGACAGCAUGGCCCGCCACCAGGAGUCCCUGCAGGCCAAGCAGCGGGCCCUGCUGCAGCAGCUUGACCGCCUGGACCUCGAGCGGGAGGAGCUGCAGGGCAGCCUGGGUGAGGCGGAGGCGCAGCAGGCCCAUGCGGAGGAGCGGCUGCGCAGCCUGCAGAGCGAGCGGGAGCAGGGCGAGUGCCAGCUGCGGGCCCAGCAGGAGCUGCUGCAAAGUCUGCAGCGCGAGAAGCAGGGCCUGGAGCAGGCCACCACGGACCUGCGGCUGACCAUCUCCGAGCAGCAGCGGGCGCUGGUGGAGCUGCGGGAGCGGGAGCGGCUGCUGGUGGCCUUCCCGGACCUGCACCAGCCCCGCGAGGCCCAGCUGCAAAGUAGGCUCCGGCGAUGUGACGGAGGACAUGGAGAAGCAGGUGCAGGCCAACGACAUCCGCAUCCGGGUCCUCCAGGAGGAGAACGGGCGGCUGAGGGCCACACUGGCCAAGAUCCGGGCAGUGGCCCAGCAGGGGGCACUCAAGCUGGUGCCUCAGGAGCAGCUCUGGGUCUCCCCCAGCAAGGAGGUCAGGGGAGCGUCCCCCCCAGCCCCGGUCCCAAGAGUAUCCCCAGGGCCCCUGGGCAGGAGGCAGUCCCCAAGCAGCCGGGUGACCAGCUCAGGCCGACCCCAGGGUGGCCGGGCCCCCGCAUCCCCGGCCCAGUGGCCUGGAAGGCCCUCCCUGGAAGAAGUGACCAACUCCACCAUCUGCACCCAGAACCCCAUGCGGGCCCUGGCCAGGCUGAGGCGGCGGCUGUCGCCGGGCCGGGGCCAGGUGGGUGCUGUACACCCUCGGCAGGAGAGACCCACCCCACCCCAAUAAAGCAGCUUCCAGCAAGCCAGGCCCGGGCAAGAACCUUUCUUUCUGCGUCCUGAGCCUGGUCAGCUCUG